GGUCCACCCGGACCGGACGGAAAUCCAGGAGCUCCUGGAGAGCCCGGACAACCAGGACAGGAUGCCGUCUCAGAGCCACUUGUACCUGGAGAGCCCGGACCUGCAGGAGAGCCUGGACCGCAAGGACCACCUGGAGCUCCAGGACAGCCCGGACAAGAUGGACAACCAGGUUCGUUAAUA